AUGCCUCGUAGGAGGGAAGAAAUUCAGAAGAUCAAACAGGACUUCUUCGCAGUUUGUGGCUUCCCAAACGUGCUGGGGGCCAUUGACUGUACCCACAUUCCAAUCAAAGCUCCAAGGCAAGAACAUCUUUAUCUAAAUAGAAAGAGGGUCCAUUCUUUAAAUGUUCAAGUAGUAUCGGAUGCAAGUUCGAGAAUUUUGAGUUUUUCUGCAAAAUUCCCUGGAAGUGUGCAUGAUUCCUACAUCUGGAAUGACAGCAUUUUGCGUCGACACUUCCAAGAACAACAGUUCGGGCACUCAUACUUACUUGGGGAUUCAGGAUAUCCUCUUGAAACUUGCCUCAUGACACCUCUGGCAGAAACAAGAACGGCAGCAGAAGUACGCUACAACAGUAGCCAUGCUCGCACACGAGCAGUUAUAGAACAAACUUUUGGGGUGCUGAAAAGUAGGUUCCGCUGCUUGCAUAAGUCAGGUGGUGCACUCCAAUAUACGCCAGAAAAGUGUGCAAAAAUUGUAGCUUGUUGCAUGCUUCUGCACAAUAUCUGUGUCAAAAGAGGCAUACCUUUCCAAGACAUCCUAGAAAAUGACGACCCACCCGAGGAAGCAGUGAUGAAUUUCAUUCCUGAGAGAAGUGCUCAGCAGGAGAGGGUGGCAUUAAUAAAUGGCUCAUUCUGA